GCAGUAGCCAUUUGGUGAGAUUUGCAUUUUCUACGCUCCUGCGGCGACUUCGGCGGCUUCCGCAUCCCGGAGUGUGUGUCGUUUGGAUAUGUUACCCGCGAACCAUCAAGCGAGGCGAAGACGCCUCAAAAUUUACAACACCGUGGUCUGCUUCUUGGGUGUUCUGGUUUCGGUCUACGCCUACAUCGUCGAAACUCGUGUGGAGCACGACCCGAAGUACGCGCCGAUGUGCGAUCUGAGCCCGAACGUCAGCUGCACCAAGGCGUUCAAUUCCUCGUACGGCAAAGGAUUGGGACUUCUCCAACGUUUCGUAGGUUCCGACUCUAUACUCGUGCAGCCGAACAGUGUCUAUGGAAUCAUAUUCUACUGCACCGUUUUGAUCUGUGGUAUGUUUGAUGGAAGACGCUGGGACAAAUUGCACCUUGCUCUCUGCAUCCUGUCAAACAUCACAUCAGUCUACCUCGCCUACCUCCUUUACUUCGUACUGUAUGCCCUCUGCGUGGUUUGCGUAACAACAUAUGUGUGCAACGCCUUGCUCCUUGUAGGCAGCAUAUACCGUCUGAGUGCUGCUGAUGUGAAAGCAAAAAAGGCGUAACUCAAAUUUUCAUUACCAAGCAUAGCCGACCGUGCGCACAUUUGCAGCUGACCAAUCUGUUGUGUGAUAAGGCAAAAGUAUUUUAACAGCGGUGUGAAUAUCUAUAUGUAACUGUGCUGCCAUGUGAAAAUUAAGUCGUGACAAUGAACUAGCAAGGUGCUUGAUUCGCUUUUUGCACUUUUUGCAUGGACAUUGUACCGUUGUUUGCUUGGCAUUUUGUUGUAUGCAAGAUUAGGUAUGUCAAGAAACUGCAUUGCAUCCCUCUGAUUCAUGGAGGAAGCACUUCAUGGUUAGUCUGUUUAUACAGCCUCUCUUAUUUCGCCUGCAACAAAUUUCCCUGAAGAAUGUGUUUAUGUGAGCUCUCUGCAGCUUAUUCUUACACAAGUGGCAGAUGACUGCAUCAGCCUCGUCUUGAAAAGGUGUACACGCCAGGUACCACAGAUGUAUACAGAGAAAGUUCACUUUCGGAAAACCACAAAUGCCAUGGAACAAGAUGUGCAAAAGUGAUAACCUUUUUACAAGGGAUUGUGUGACACUGUUUAUGUACACUCUGUCCCCAUUGGAUACACUUAAAGACACCUGAGCACAUGGUCUAGUCAUGUUGCUGUACCAAUGCAAUUGUGGGGUGUAAGCAUGUAUGUAUAGAGUGCUCUUAUAGUUGUCAUUGUACACUUUAAUAGUGAAACGUGGUACCUUAUGUGGGUGGUUUCCUUUCUGUGGUUAUCAACAAUCUUUCACCUAGCCUCUACUGUCACUCCACAAUGAAGUGCGAACUUGAGAAAACUAACUACAAGGCACAUUUCCUUUUCCGCAUUCGCUCAUGUGUGACUCGUGUGAUUCAUCUAUAUACAAUUACUUUUCGGUCUAAAGCACCUUUAGUGCCUGGCAUGCGAUGAUGGUACAUGAUAAUUUCGAGUACAACUGUACCUCCUUUUAGUGAACGCUGAUAAAAUGAUCAUAUAUAAUAGAGUAAAUCUACAGUAGUUAUGUAAUGAACACAUGCUUAUAACAAAUAUUAAAUAUAACACAUAUUUUCAUGCUGGACGUGACUUCCUUGUAAUACGGUUCAGCUGUAGUAUGAAGCAUAAAAAAAGCUGUGAUUGCUUUGUUUCUCCUAAAUGACCUUUCUGAUGCGAUAGUAUGUAUUCAUUAGAGGUGCGAGGACUUCAUGUGCAAGCAUUCAGGUGUUACAAGUGAUGGAAUGAAGGCACUGUUGAUAGGUAGGUGCAUGGUAAGCCUUUGCCACUCCAUUUCAAGCUAUUGCAUCAUGUAAAUUGUGCACUGUUCAUUUAUUGAUACUGCUGUCGCCCAAGAAUAUGUAUGCAUGCGUGCAUGCUUUGAGUUUGCUUAACAUUACUAAUGUGAAGUUAUAGUCACUGUAGCAAUUUACGCUCGCUAGUCUCUAUAAGCACAUGCACUGCACAACUGCUUUUAGUAGAGAGUCCACUUCAUUGGUUGCUACACUGAACUAGGGUAAUGAGACAUGUGCACGAGAUUACAUAUGCUCACAAGUUAUUUACCAGCGCUGCUGUGCAUUGUACCAGUGUCUCAAAUGAGCCUUUAAUGGUGUUCAAGUGUAGUACUUUUGUAACGUAUAUCUACAGAUAAAUAUAUAUUUACUGCUUAUUUUAAUAUACCAUCUAUACAUGUAUUUUUCAUGAAUGUCUGUAUGGAGUCUUCUGAAAUAAAGUGUGCACAGAUUCUUCCUUUUUGAGCAUGA